AUGCAGUCUGACGAUGUCAUCUGGUCCGUGAUCGGGCAUCAAUUUUGCUCGUAUAAGAUCAAGUCCACGACUCACUCGACUUUUUGCCGAAAUGAAUACAACCUGACCGGUCUCUGCAAUCGCCAAUCCUGCCCUCUUGCCAAUGCACGCUAUGCUACGAUCCGAGAGCGGGAAGGAAUCGUAUAUCUUUAUGUCAAGACGGCCGAGCGUUCGCACCUACCAUCUCGGCAAUGGGAGCGCAUCAAAUUGAGCAAGAACUAUGCCCAGGCUCUGGAGCAAAUCGACAAGGAGCUGGUGUACUGGCCAAAGUUCAUCACGCACAAGACUAAGCAGCGUCUCACCAAGAUCACACAGUAUCUCAUCAAGCUUCGCCGAAUCAAGCUCAAGGAGGAGGAUCAACCGAGACUGGUGGGGAUCAAAAAGAAGACAGAGAAGCGAGAGGCGACGCGAGAGAACAAGGCACUGAGAGCUGCGAGACUAGAAAAGUCAAUUGAGAAGGAGCUGCUCGAGCGACUCAAGAGCGGAGCAUACGGAGAUGCCCCAUUGAAUGUCAACGAGGACGUCUGGCGUGCCGUGCUCGAUCGGAGGCGUGAAAAGGAGGAGGCAGAAAAAGAGGACGAGCUUGGCCUGGAAGACGAGGAGAGCGAGGAGGAGGACGAGGAAGACAUGGAACAGAUGGAGAAAGAGUGGGAGAUGGAGGAUGGGGAGGACCACGAGGGCGUGGGCGAUCGCGAGUUCGUCAGCGACGAUAGUGAAGAUGAUGAUGAUGACGAGUUGGAAGACAUGGACGGGUUCUUUGACUCGGACGGAAAUACGAUCGAAUCAGAAGAUGACGACGAGAAUGAUGAGGACGAAAGUGAUGAUGGGGACGAUGAUGGCACAGAGCCCAAAACAAGUGGUUCUAGCAGGCGCAAGCAGGCGCCAACAGCCCCUGCAGCACGUAAAAGUGACCCCUCUAGCAAGAAGCGGAAAGGCGGUCCCGGUAUGGAGAUCGAGUAUGAGCACGAGACCGAGCCGCUCACUGCAGAGAAGCUGGCUAGCUGGUGA